UAAUUUGUGUUAGUUUAGGGGCAAAAUAUCAAAUACAGUUAUUACAGCCUCAGCUUCAGACAGCAGGCUGUAAUUUUCUGAUGGUAAAUCCCAGAAAUAUGAUGCUGGUGCCAAUGUUCUUGAUCUAUGAGACCAUUCAGGCCAAACAAUGACAUGACAUAGAGAUUUGAGUUAUCUCUUCCAUCAAGCUCAGCAGCCUAUUAGAGAAUAAUCAUGUGUUCAGGGUGAACAGGAGGGGGAAAAAGUUGCAUGUUCUUCAGUCCCAAGGUGGCAAGACUCUGGCAUGGCUCCUUGCAGGCAGGCAGGCAGCAAGAGUAAGGAUUGGGUUGUAUUUUUGGAAGGGUGUGUGUGUGUGGAUUGGUCGCCUUGUUAGGUCUGCUGAAAUAUUUCCAACAGCAGCGACCGUCAGGAGAUAGCUGGGUGGCAGGGACAGGGGGGAAAAGGGGCUUUUCUCUGUGGCCACCUGGAAAAAGCCAUGUAAGAUCCCUGGCUUAUCAAGACACACAUUCAGAUAUAAUUCGAUUAAUUAACAGGCAUUAAUCUAAUCAAAAUGUUGUAACAGCACAAACAUUCGAGGAAAUUCUGUAGAUCGAUACCGGCGAAACCAAGAAGAAGAAAAGGAAGACGAGGAAGAAGAAAAAGAAGAAGAAGAAGACACUGGAGUGAAAUUAAGUUUGCGUAAAGUGUGAAGUGCGCGCCGGAGCUUCAUGGACACGCUCAGAAGCCCCCAAACCAACUCCAGAAGAAGAAACCCCCACAAGUUCGGCACCGAGGAUAUCUCCAACCGGUUUUGAUGUCAGGUGAAGGUGAAGCGAGGCUGACGGAGGUUUUAUCUUUAGCCAGGUAACAGACUAAAAGUGCUCUGCUUUCUGUUCGGUGCGUAAUUUGGGCUGCGGUGAGGCAUGAGUGGAGGUCGCUUCGAGUUUGACGACGGCGGAGCUUACUGCGGCGGCUGGGAGGGAGGCAAAGCCCACGGCCAUGGCAUCUGCACCGGACCCAAGGGCCAGGGCGAGUUCUCCGGAUCCUGGAACUACGGUUUCGAGGUGGUGGGGGUCUACACCUGGCCCAGCGGAAACACCUACGAGGGGUACUGGUCGCAGGGGAAGCGUCACGGUCUGGGACUAGAGACCAAAGGACACUGGAUUUACAAAGGGGAAUGGACUCAUGGCUUCAAAGGCAGAUACGGAGUCCGGAUCAGUGCCGGCAGUGGAGCAAAGUAUGAAGGGACGUGGAAUAAUGGGCUCCAGGACGGGUACGGGACAGAAACAUAUGCGGAUGGAGGUACUUUCCAAGGUCAGUUCACUGGUGGGAUGCGGCACGGGUACGGAGUCCGUCAGAGCGUUCCUUAUGGCAUGGCAGCAGUCGUCCGCUCCCCUCUUCGUACCUCCCUGACCUCCCUACGCAGCGAACACAGCAAUGGCACCAUACUGCAGCAAGACAUCCCCAUCAUCACCACCACUAACGCCUCAGGUGAGGAGACACCCGUUGCGACGCCUACCCAGCUUGGACCAUCCCGUGGAGGCUUCGCCCUCACUCUCCAGGUCGACCCAGAAGCUGUCAAACCCAAGAAGAAGGGCCUGUUCCGCCGGGGAUCCCUGCUGGGUAAGCUGAAGAAGUCAGAAUCAAGUAGCUCUCUGUCCAGCCAGAAGAGCAAGAUCAGCUUCCUGAGGACGGAAUCAGCUCUCAGCUCCAACGCCAGCGACACCAACUCCACCAUCAGCAUGGACGAAAGCCUGGCUGGGGCCGAGGAUUUCCCCCCAGUGGAGGCCGACAUUGACGCCACCACCACAGAGGUCUACAUGGGCGAAUGGAAGAACGACAAGCGCUCGGGAUAUGGAAUAAGUGAAAGGUCCAGCGGGCUGAAGUACGAGGGCGAGUGGCUGAACAACCAGAGACACGGCUACGGCUGCACCACCUUCGCCGAGGGAGGGAAGGAGGAGGGCAAGUACAUGAACAACAUGCUGGUGAAGGCCAUGAAGAAGAGAGUGAUCCAGCUGAAGGGAACCAAGAUCAAGCACAAGGUGGAGCGGGCGGUGGAGGGCGCUCAGAGGGCAGCAGCCAUCGCCAAGCAGAAGGCGGAGAUCGCUGCUUCCAGGACGAUCCAUUCGAAGGUCAAGGCAGAGGCAGCUGAACAGGCUGCUCAGGCCUCCAACAGUGAGUCCAGCAUCGCCAGACUGGUGGCCAAGGAGCUCUCCCCUACCUUCUACCAGCCAGGUCCUGAGUAUCUGAAGAAGAGAGUGUUACAGGAGGCUGUGGAAGGCAGUGAGAACACAGACAUUGUACUGCACGAGCCGCUGCUGGCGGAGGAGGAGCCCCUGCCCACCCCACCGGAGAGCCCUCUCAUGAAUGAACUGGACAGCCUCAUGCCUGGCUCAUCCCCAGGCCGCACCCCCUCCCCCAGCCCAGGCAUCAUCAGCAAGGAAGACCCCAAACUCCUCAGUCCAGGAAGCUGGAACGACGACAAAACCAGUAAAGGUGGUGGUAGUAAGGGUGGCAGUAAACCCAACAGCAAGCCCAAUAGUCGCCCCACUACCCCUUCAGCCUCUGUUUCUGCUCCCACCUCGGCUGCACCUGAGGGCGGAGGGGCCCCCAGCAGCCGUGGCCCCUCCCGCACCCCCAGUCGUCAGAGCAACAAGAUCGAGCAGGGCUCUGACCUGGAGAUCAAGCCCCUGCAGAAGUUUGACUCUGAGGUUAAAACUCCAGACGUCGCUCCUGCUGCCCCUGUAAGAAAUAGCCUCAUCGCUCCAGAUGAAGAAGAAGCACCACGCCCUGCCUCCAAAGUGUCCGCCAAAGCUGUCACCCCCGAGCCUAAACCCGCAGAGGUCAAAACUGAAAGAGCUCCAUCAGUCCACGAGCGAGUGCCGUCAGUCUCUGAGAACAAAGUGGAGUCCAGGGAGGUGAGCAGGCCUUCCAGCAAAGCAGAGACGACAAAGCCAUUACCGAAACGGCAACCCAGCCCAGCCCCGUCCCCAAAACCUGCGCCCAGUCGUGAACCUAAAACAGCUCCAAAGCAAGUGGAAGCCAAAGCUAUCAUCGCCAAACCAGCCCUGAAGGUGGACUCCAAAGCAGACGUCAGACUGAAGUCUGUGGUGUCGAACUCAAGCAGCGAGGUGACUGUGGAGUCUUUGGAGCUGGAGGGCCCAAACACCAUCAUGAUCUGCAUGGUUAUCCUGCUCAACAUCGGCCUGGCCAUUCUCUUCGUACACAUUUUGUCAUGAGACACUGUCCACCUCCUCAGGUCACCAGCAGUGUUGGAGAGAGAUGGGCUGCCUCCUCCUCAGUUCGGACCGGAGAUCAACCACACCGACCGCUGAGGAGAAAAAGAAGCCUCAUGCAGACAGCCGCAGCUCCUCUUUAAGGUUUUUGUUGGUGUGACUGUGUGAGGCUCUGUGAAGCUCCUCUCUUUCCAGAGGUUUGACAAACUGAAGGACAUUGAACGACUGAAAGGAUUCAGUGCAUCUGAAUACGAUGGUGUUUGUGUGAUGAAGUCGGGGCUGGAUGGUAGAGUAUGUUCUCAGUACUGGAGAAGCGGGGAGGCACUGUAGAAGUCUCACAGUGUGUCACGGGCGUGUCGACAUUUUACAAAAGGGCUUUUUAACCCAACAGUGGCUGGCUGUCACAGCGCCGGGUCAGGCAGAUUGGACAAACUCAGUAUUUGAUUAUGUUUUGUCACAAGAUAUGUUUGCUUGUCAUAUGUAAUCGCCGGCUGAAGGAAUGUUACAAAAAAAUAAAUAAAUAACACAUCCAGACUGAAUAUUCUCUCCACUUAAAAACUUGAUUGUUGAGACACAACUGCAGCAGACGUGUGAAAGAUUAGCGUGGUAACUGUUAAAAUCAUUGCUUUAAUUAUCUGCAAAGUGGUUAGAAAGCUGAAAAAGAUUGAUUAAGUAGAACUAUGAAAUGUGUCGUAUCAAAACACUGUAAAGGCAAGUUAUUGUUCUCAUCUUGUUGCUCCUCAGACUCAGUUGCGAGUUACAUUUCGGCUAAUUACAUCCUGCAAAAUCUGUAUCUGAGACUGUGGUGUACUACACUGUGAAAUUUUCUAUUUUCACUGGGAUUUAUAUGCAUUUGUUGUCAUUCUGCUGCUUUGGUUUGGGAGCUGAUAAACCAAAUAGAGAAAGAAAAUAGGAAGCUUAUGAGUGUCACUGCUAUUGUGUCCGUACUGUAUGUUCCUCCUCAAUGCUGUUUACCACCCAGGUGGUUUUAAAUGAGAGUUGUGUAUGUUUUGCGAUAGGAUAAGUAAUCAGAAAAUGAAGGCUGGGAUUUUUCUUGUGUAAAACAAUCACUGUAUGUUGUAAUAAGGUUGCUCAUGCUACACAUUUAUAUUAAUACAAUAUUAGCAUCAGGAAGUGGGUUUGGAUGAUGUGUUUGCCUGUGUAGGGUUCAUGGAUUCACCUAUAUUUUCAACGUCGAUAAAAACCGUCCACACUCUUCCACUGCAUUAUAUUAAUGGCCUGUUGUGUCUCAGAGCCAAAUGCAAGUUCAACUUUUGUAUGCAUGAGGGCACUUUGUGUGUAUGUGUCUGUGUUUUUGUACCGUUUUGAAGUGCACAUCUUUUUCAGAAUUCAAAAUAUUCUGUCGCAGGAUUUUUGUCAGAGGGAAAAUGCAAACCUAAAUUUAUUUAUCUCCCAAAGGAGUCAGAAUACCUUGUGAUUGUGAGAUGGAGAAAAGCAGAAUGAUUCUUAACUCCAGGUCUUACAUUGAGAAGAGCACUCUCCAGAUGUGCCAUUUGAUAUCUCUUCCCUGCUGUUUUAUCCAUCAAUAGAGUUUUUCCAGAGGAGGACUUUAGCUGAAAUUGUUUUAAACACAGUGCACUGCUUGUGCAUCAUUUUCAUGCCAAAACAGAAAAUCUACAAAAUAAAACUGUAUAUUUAAAGUACAUUUUGGGUGGAUAGUUUAUCCUUACUAACAAACAAAUUGGCAGAUGGACUCAAAGCUAUGUGCAAUAAACAGUAUUCAUGUAGUGUCAUGUAGGAGCCAUAUUGUUUUGUCUGUUUUAGUGCAUUUACUGAGAUCAAAUUAACAUUGCUGAAUUUGAGUUAAGAGCAUUUGUGUAGCCAAACCUGGUGAAAAUGAACAAUGCUGAAAUUAAAAUAAAAACUUUUACAACA